UACUGUAUUAUGUCAGUUACUAAUGAGAGCAGUGGUGGGAUUUUGUUUGCACAACAAAUAUUUCAAGUUGUGAUGUCUGAGGGAGCAAUAAUGAAAAUGAUUUUUUCAACAUUCCUGUCUUUAUUCUUUAUCUAUUUAAAUAUCAUCAUGAUAUACAGUCUUUGGAGUAAGCCUGUUUUUAAAGAGACUUCACGCUAUAUUCUGUUUGCCCACAUGCUUCUCAAUGACUCAAUUCAUCUUCUAACCUCUUUGUUACUUGUCUUCAGUCUGUCUUUUUUCAAGUUAGUCACUGCUGUUUGUGUUUUUAUAGUUUCUGUUUCUGGUACAACUUUUCGUAACGCACCUUUAAACCUGGCAGUGAUGUCACUAGAGCGUUAUGUGGCCAUAUGCUUUCCCCUUAAACAUGUUCAAAUAGCCACUCAGAGAAGGACUUAUGUUGCUAUUGGAAUCAUUUGGGUUAUUGGUUCCAUAAACUAUGUAAUUGAUGUGUUUUAUAUAAUAGUAAUAGAUUCUAAAUAUUUCACCUCACAUGUAUUUUGUGUAAGAGAAACACUUUUUAUCAAACAAUGGCAAACUGAUGUGUUUCGGGGAUUUAACAUAGUCUACUUUGUGUCAGUCUCUAUGAUCAUCCUUUUUACUUAUAUCAGCAUUUUGAUCACAGCAAGGUCCAUUUCCUGCAAUAAGGACUCAGCCAUAAAAGCCCACAAGACCGUGCUGCUGCAUCUCAUUCAGCUCGGUCUGUGCCUUACCUCUUUUCUUUAUGCCAGUAUUGAGCAAGCUGCUUCAAUGCUUGGCAACAGCAAACUUUUUGUAGACCUACGUUACUUAAAUUAUUUGUUUGUGCUGCUCUUGCCACGCUGUUUGAGUCCACUUAUUUAUGGCUUGAGAGACGAUGCUGUGCGGCCCUUAUUCGUGUACUACUUUCUUUGUGCCACAGGAAAACACAAGCCUACAGUAAAUGUUCACUAA